CACGAAGGAUUCUGUUGUGUUCGCUCUGAAUCUGCAAGCGUCUGUAGAAGGCCUUGCGAUUAGAACAAGUUAGUGGUGACCAUUGCGCGCAAUGUUGUUAAAGUCUUCCUGCCGUCUUACCUUACCUCCACGGAUAUGCGGUCGAGUUGCAUUAAUGCCUGGAGCUCUGGGGCGUGGAUGCCGAAGGCAGCUCUGCCGUGCGAACCCUGAGGAGCUUACACCUGUUCCAAUUAUCCGCGAAGAAGGGCAAGUGCCCUCGCUGCUCCGGUCUAGCCCGGAUGAGUUUGGGGAGGAGGAUGAGGGAAGUGGCGCGCUCCAGAAAUUUCUUUACCCGGAUCCGGAGGAGCUUCCUCCACAGGAAAGCCUGAGCAUGCCGAUUUGGGACCACCUGGAUGAGUUGCGCGAGCGCGUGCUUGUGGCGGCACUUGCGUGCGCAGUAGCCAUCCUAGCAUGCUUUGCUUUCAGCAAGGACCUCGUUGUGUUCCUGGAGGCCCCCGUCGCUGACGCAGGCGUGCGCUUCCUGCAGCUGUCGCCUGGAGAGUUCUUUUUCACGACACUGAAGGCCUCGGGCUACGCUGGCCUCCUCUUGGCCGCCCCCACUGUACUGUACGAGGUAAUUGCCUAUGUCGUACCUGGCUUGACGAAAUCAGAGCGCACCUUCCUGGCGCCCAUCGUGUUCGGGAGCUCCAUCUUGUUCUACCUGGGACUGGCAUUCUCGUACGAGAUUCUAACUCCGGCGGCCCUCAACUUCUUCGUGUCAUACGCCGACGGUGCUGUGGAGAGCCUGUGGUCUAUCGACCAGUACUUCGAGUUCGUGUUGGUGCUGAUGCUAAGUACGGGUUUGUCUUUCCAGGUUCCUGUAUUGCAGGUGAUGUUGGGCCAGUUGGGCAUUGUGACCAGCGAGCAGAUGUUCUCCAUUUGGCGAUGGGUGGUGGUGGGCUCCACCAUUGCGGCGGCAGUGCUGACACCGUCUACCGACCCCUUCACCCAGGCAGGGUUUCUGAGUCGCGCGCUGCUGGCCAUUCCGCUUGUGGGGCUGUACAUGGGCGGUGCCAGCGUUGUGCGGGUCAUUGAGCAGUCACGCGGCCAGACAGCCAAGGCGGUGUGA